UCAGUGCAUCACUCGGUCAGUCCUGGGACACAGCCAUCUCCAACAAACAUCAACAUGGGAAAGAUAAUCUUCUACGAGGACAAAAACUUCCAGGGUCGCUCCUAUGAGUCCAUGGGAGACUGCUCUGAUAUGCACUCUCAUCUCAGCCGCUGCCAAUCCUGCAGGGUGGAGAGCGGCUGCUUCAUGGUCUACGACCGUCCCAACUUCAUGGGUAACCAGCACUUCAUGAGGAGGGGCGAGUACUCUGACUACAUGAACAUGUUUGGUUGGAACGACUGCAUCAGAUCCUGCCGCAUGAUCCCCAUGCACAGAGGACAGUACAGAAUGAGGAUCUACGAGAGGGAGAACUUCGGUGGUCAGAUGAUGGAGCUGAAUGAUGACUGUGACUCCAUCAUGGACCGUUACCGUAUGUCUGACUGCCAGUCCUGCAAUGUUAUGGAUGGCCACUGGCUCAUGUAUGAGCAGCCCCACUUCAGAGGCAGAAUGAUGUACAUGAGGCCUGGAGAGUACAGAAGCUUCAGGAACAUGGGAUUCAACAACAUGAAAUUCAUGAGCAUGAAGCGCAUCACUGAUAUGAUGUAAAUGUUUAUAUUGUCAUAAUUUCUUGGCCGAACAGUGGGUAAAAUAAUGACUCAAAUAAAAUAUUUCCCUUUUUACAAUGAGGGAAGUGUGAUAUCUUUUUAAAAACAGUUUAUAGUUUUUUUGCUGUCACAUUCUCCCUUACACUCUCCCUUGACCUGAAAUUAAAAAGUCAUACACAUUC